AUGACAGUGGUGAGACUGAAUGGUUUGGUUAGCAGCAAAUCUAGCUACUUUGUGUAUACGUUGAUUCUAGUUUGGUUACUAGAGACAUCUGUAGUUUGGUUUGGCAUAGUCUACUAUCGUUUCUUUGUUGCAGUGAUGUUUGCCGUUAAUGAAAUAAACAGAAAUCGUCAUCUUUUGCCAAAUGUUACUCUGGGUUACACAGUCUAUGAUUCAUGCUUCCUGGAAGCCAGAGCUCUGGAGGUAACCAUGAAGCUUUUAUCUGGAGUCAGCUUUGUGCCAAAUUACCAUUGUGGUGGCCACUCUAUGCCCUUUGUCAUAAUUGGUGACUCACCAUCAACAUCCUCACUGGUUAUGGCUAGGCUACUGGGAAUCUAUCGGUAUCCACAGAUCAGUUAUGGCUCCACACUGCCACUUCUGGGAGAUAAGUAUCAGUUUCCUUCAUUUCUUCGUACUAUAAGUAACCUGACAGUGGAAGCCAUUGGUAUUGGUCGCCUGAUGGAACAUUUUGGUUGGUCGUGGAUAGGUAUCAUUGCAUCUGAUAAUGAUAGUGGGCAACAAGGUGCCCUUGAUCAGAUAAAAGAAGUCACUAAAAGAGGCUUUUGCGUAGCUUUUUUGGAAACACUACCCACCUACAAUUCAAAGAGCAGAUUGCGUCAUAUUGUUGAAAGGAUCAAAUCAUCACCUGUUAAGGUAAUAACUGUUUAUUCUACACAGCAAUACCUAAUACCAUUAAUGGAGGAAGUUAUCUUUCAGAACAUCACUGACAGAGUCUGGAUUGCUACAACUCAAUGGGGUAACUCUAAUAUAUUUCAGUACAAGGGCAUCUGGAAGACAUUAAAUGGCACACUAGGGCUGGCAAAGUACAGCCCUGAAAUUCCUGGCUUCCAGGAUUUUGUGUAUAAUCUAAAUCCAUUAAACUCACCUGGUGAUUCUUUUCUUACCUUGUUUUGGGAGAUGUUCUUUGACUGCAAGUGGCCAAACAGACAAAAUAUCUCAGUAUCAGGUUUUGACACAGUUACUGGAGCAAUAUUUUGUACUGGUGCAGAAAACCUUAAGGCACUAAAUGCUUCCAUGUAUGACCUGUAUAACUUCCGUGAUGCUAUUAAUGCUUAUAAUGCAGUCUAUGCACUGGCAUAUGCAGUGCACAGUUUGCUGCUAUGUGACACCAGGGGUCAGCUAUUAAAAAAUGGAACAUGUCCUGACAUUGGAAACAUUCUACCAUGGCAGGUCCCACGCUCAGUCUGCAGUGAAAGCUGUGGCCCAGGAUAUAGGAAGGCUACUCAGAAGGGACAGCCUAUAUGCUGCUUUGACUGCAUCCCAUGCUCUGAGGGGGAAAUAUCAAACCAUUCUGACAGCAAUGAUUGCAUAAGAUGUGCGGAUGAUCAGUGGCCAACAUAUGGACAAGAAAAGUGCAUAUCUAAAACAAUUGAAUUCCUCUCUUACAAGGAACCACUGGGACUAUCUUUAGCUGCUAUCAGUAUAAUUGGUUCCAUCAUUACUGCUUCUGUCCUUUGCAUUUUCAUCAAAUUUAAAGAAACACCAAUUGUCAAAGCCAACAACCGGGACCUAAGUUACCUGCUGUUGUUUGCUCUUAUUCUGUGCUUUCUCUGCUCUUUGAUAUUUAUUGGCUAUCCAAAAACAGAAACGUGCCUCCUUCGUCAAGUUGCUUUUGGUGUUAUUUUCUCCUUCAGUGUUUCCUGCAUAUUGGCUAAAACAAUCACAGUCAUCAUUGCUUUCAAUUCCACCAAACCUAACAGCCCCAUGAGGAAAUGGAUAGGAACUAAGACACCUGUCUCUGUGAUUAUAUUCUGCUCAUUGAUCCAAGUUUGCAUAUGUGUUUCCUGGCUUUCUACUGCUCCCCCCUUUCCUAAUGCCAACAUGGUGAUAAAGCCUGGAACAAUAAUUAUGGAGUGUCAAGAAGGGUCCUCAACUGCAUUUGGUUGCAUGCUGGGAUACAUGGGCUUUCUGUCUCUUCUUUCUUUUGCAAUCGCUUUCCUGGCAAGGAAGUUACCUGCUACCUUUAAUGAAGCCCAACUAAUAUCCUUCAGUAUGAUUGUUUUUGUCAGUGUCUGGGCUACUUUCAUCCCAGCGUACCUCAGCACUCAGGGGAAGUACAUGGUUGCUGUAGAGGUAUUUGCUAUCUUAGCAUCUGGUUCUGGAUUACUGUGCUCAAUAUUUGUUUCCAAGUGUUAUAUUGUCUUGCUAAAGCCAGAAAAAAACACCAGGAAACACUUGACUAGCAAAAUAGACUGUAACAUUACUAAAUGA